AUGUACAACGGCAUCGGUUUAACGACUCCUCGUGGCAGCGGCACAAACGGUUAUGUCCAGAAAAACCUGUCGUACAUACGGUCGCAACAGCCAGCCGCUGACAGAGCCUCCGCAUGGGAUGUUGCGCCUCCCAAGCAUCGCGAACCAGACGCGGAAAUAUUGGAACAUGAACGGAAGCGAAAGGUGGAAGUGAAGUGCUUGGAGCUUCAACUCCAGCUCGAGGACGAUGGGGUUGACGAAGCAGAGAUAGACAAGCAGGUUUCUGCGCUCCGUGAAAAGCUGUUGGCCAGCAUGCACGAUACCAUCAACGCCAAGGGCCUAAAACCCUCCGACACCCACGGCAUCGCCGCCGCGAAAAAGGCCGAGCUCAGCAAAAUGGCCCGCGCCCUAGGCACCCGCGCUGACUAUGCGGAGGGCGAGGCGUUUGACAGGGAGAAGCAGGAGGAGAACAAGCUUAAGCGGCAAGCGGAGAGGGAAGAGAGGGAGGCGCGGAGGGAGGAGGAGCGCGCUAAGUGGCAGGCGCAGAAGGAGAAGUGGGAGGCUGAGAAGAGGGAGAAGGACAGGCUGCGGAGGCGCGAAGAAGACAGGCUGAGGAGGGAGAGGGAGGCGCAAGGCCGCGAUGCGGACCGCAGGCCUGGUGGGCGCGAUAUGCCACCCCCGCCACCUCCACGGAGUUCAGGUGGAUACCGAGACAGGGAUAGGCCCGUGAGGGAUUAUCGUGACCGACGCAGCCUAAGCCCUCCGCCUCGUCGGGGACCACCUCCCAGAGACCAACGUGAUGACCGUGGAAGCCGCCGCUCACGAUCUCGCUCUCCUCCAGGCCGCUCGAGGCGCCGGUACGACUCUCGCUCGCCCUCCCGCUCGCCCUCGCGUUCGCCGCCGCCGGCCCGCCCGCCGUACCGUCGUCGCUCAGGGUCGCCCGCCCCUCCUUCUCGGCGCUACAGUCGCUCGCCUCCCCCGCAUCCUCCGAGAUCCGUCUCACGGCGCUCGCCUUCGCCACUCCGCGGAUCGAGGCGCUCGCCAUCUCCAGACAAUCGUCGGCGCUCGUCUCCCCUGCGCCGCAAGCGCUCUCCGUCAAGGUCCCCGUCACGGUCUGACUCUCGCUCUAGGUCCCGCACGCGCUCCCCUACACGCUCCCGUUCUCCUCCACCUAAGCGCGACGACAACAUGGAUGUCGACCGCGCGCGGAAUCGCGGUAGGUCGGGUUCAAGGUCGGCGUCCCCACCUUCGGACCGUGGGCGCGGCAGGCGUGGACGCUCUUCGUCGAGCGGCUCGUCGGCGAUGUCCGUCAGCACUCGGUCGUCCCGCAGUCGCAGCAGGGACUAAAUGUCGCCAACAAAAUACCAGAGGAUUCAGAAUAUUCAGAAAAUCACGCGGAUACAGUCAGAGCUCUCGAUUGUCCUUCCUUCGCGUACUUACGACAUCAAGUGGGCCCAACUCUUGUACGGUACUUUAUAUUACUCUAUGCGCCACGCAUAUGCCCUUCAACAUACGUCCUGUGUUGCAUCAGGCACCAAGAAACGACCGCGAUGCGGGAAGGUCUAAGGAGGACCUUGGCGGAACAGUGGAUCAGUGCGAAACUUGGCGUAUGCAGGACGCGCUAGGCAGUUCAGCGCUACGCGUUUAUCGGUCUCGAUGUCUUCUAUGAGUGCCUCUCGAGAUGUAUAAUCCAGCUCUGGACGAAUGUAUCCAAGGACGAUUGCCUUGAGUUCGUAGCCGUAGAAGUCGGAUCGGAAGUCGUGCAUGAUAUGAAUUUCCGCCGUCAUGCGCUCGUUCUUAUAGAACGGGUUCCAUCCCAAACUCAUGACCAUCGGCAACACUUUGGAGUCUUCGGAGCAUAACGACUCGCCUUCCUCGCCCUUGAGCACCUGCGCGAACCCGUAGUAUACACCCGUCUCCGUGACGUUGCUCAUCGGCGGCAGGGACUCGUCCGGGAGAUUAGCUGCGAAGCCCGACGGCAGACCACAUAAGCGCCCGGUUAGAUAACGGAGGUCGUUGAGAGACGCGAUCAGCGGCGGAAGGAGGAUGCCCAUAGCGCACCGGUAGGGCACCCGAGGUCCUUCCCGCCGCGCCCGAAGCCGUGCUGCACCGGCCCCUGGAGGACGAUAGGGAACGGCGGCUGGGGCUCGUCGGGGCCGACGAUGCUGGGGCGCGAGGUGCGGAACGUCUCAGUGCGCAUCGGGGCCGAGGGCCGUUCGACGAUCGUCGUCUCGGCCGACAUAUUCGACGAGGGGAUGGGGAUGGACGAGGGGAAAGUGCAAGGAGCGAGGGAGAGCAAGUUGCGAAACGCGCGCACUGGAUCGUGCUUGGGUCCAGUUAUCUAUCCGACUUGACUCCCACCGUCACUACUGGCCGGCAUGUCGUACGCAGCCCAAACGCCGGUGUACCAGUUCCCAAGUAAUCCCGUUCCACCGAGCGCCUACGCGUACCCGGUCCAACCUGAAAGCACGCUGGUGUUACCGGCAGCUGAAACGCCUGCCGCACCGGAUGCGUCGUUCGUGAACUCGCGCGUGGCGUCACAGGCCGUCGAGCAGCUCGUGUCGGCACAGCUACGCGUUGCGGGCUUCAAGUCGGCGGAACCCGCAGCGCUCCGGCGCUUGGAGGGCGAAGUCAUCGCAUUUGUAGAGAGGUUGUAUGAGGAAGCGCACAACUAUGCCAACCUCGCCAACAGGUCGGGCCCUCUGGUCACCGACUUGAUGAAGGCUUGUGGCGAGAAGAGUCUGGAACCCAAGGACCUCCACGUCUGUGCUGUAAAGUCGGCUCGGAAGAUGGAACGCCUCGGUAUACGCAGCGGAUCCCUUACUACACUACUUCCACCGCCGCCCGAGGAGCCUCAGCCAGAGAUGCUGGGGUCAGAUGACGAAGAGGCCCCGAAGGUGCCGGCCACGCUCCGGGCGAUGCCACACCCACUACCAUCCUUACCCCCCAAGCAUACAUAUUUGAAGACACCCAUCGCACCACCGAGAAAGACAGCCAUACCAUCGUUAGAAAAGAAGCUCAAGACCGCCGGCUUGGUUCAGGAUUCCCUCAAGAACCUAUUAUUGGCCACGGAAGAUACCACUGGCCAAGAGGACGGGGAACUCUUCGGUCACAUCGUCAACUGGGAGGCGACGACGCACCCACGGAAGCGCUGGAAAUUGGAUUCGGGAUCGUCCCGGUGGGGCAGGAUGGAGAGCUGA